CAAAUAGUGUCGUCAGCAUUUUCAUCUCGGCUUUUGAUCCACUUUCUUCUGGGGAUUCUGACGACCCGGAAACACGGAGUAUGUCGCUGAUUUCUAAUUGUUUUCGACGGAUCACCGGGGAGGCACCGUCCAAGAACGAGCUGAAGGGCUACAAGGUCACCGAUGUGAACCGCAUACGAAAAGUCGGCGUCGCCUGCAGAAGCCUUCAGGAGUUGAAGCGUAAAGCUUGUGCGAAACUGAACGUGACAAACGACCCAGCCGAGAUCAACAUCUACCUCCUCGAUGGUUCGUUGAUCGACGAGGAGGAAUAUUUUUCCACGUUGAAACCUCAGACGACGCUGAUCCUUCAAAAACCUGGGGAGAAAGUGUUGUCCGAUGCGGAUCUCCUGUACGACACGUUGAGGCGUGUCAACAUCGAUUUUCUGAUCGCCGGCGAGAAAGCGUCCGAAUUCCUCGCAGAGAACCUUAAAGCGAAGGUUGCAGUUCUAAACAACGCUUUGAACAAGGACGACUCGAAAACGGCGUUCAGCAGCAGGGACGAGCACCCGGACUGGUUCCAGGGACUGGAGACCAACUGCGCGACUAAGGAGGCGUAUUUGCACCGUAGAUGUCAGGACAGGAUACGCGGCUACCUGUACAAAACGAUCGAUCAGAUCAAAUCGUCCGACGUGUUCUCGAAAGAUCCACGAGCGAGAAAGCAGCUGCUGUACGCGAUAGCGUUCUUCAAGAUGCAAUUGAAGGAGGACCAUUACUUUGGCUACUACUUCGACAGGAGUCGAGCGAAGAUAGGAUCGUUGGGAGGUAGGGAUGAGCGCGACUCAUCGACGAGCUGUUACGAUCAUUGCCCGUGCAGGCUGAAAUGGCUGGACGAGAGCACGUAUUUCCGCUUGUUCGGCACGAUCGGGCAACACUGCGACGACGUUGACGCUGUGAAGAGGAGGAACGAGAGGAAUUGCGGCGCGAAGGGCGAAGAGGAGGAGGAGGAGGCGGAGAAGACUUGCCCGUACAAGAUCAGGAGGACAGGGGAGGACACGUGUGUAGCUUUGUGCGACCAGAUGGGCGAGUUUAAGUGUUAUGGCGUGUGGAACGAGGAGAAGUGCCUUUACGGGGACAGGCACAAGAUCAAUCCUUAUAGGUCGAGGGAGGAGCUUAUUUUGUUCUCUACGUGGAAUUUUGAUCAUAAGAUUGAGAGGUCCAGGACAUUGAUCCCGCUGCUUCUGAAACUGGCGACGCAAGGUACAGCCAACGAGAUGGAUCUCUUCGAAAUCUACGACAAUCUAUUUACGGUGAAGAACCUGAGGCUGGUUCACAUCGUGUGCCAUGAUAAAGGCUCGCACAAAUAAUUAGUAAUUAUCACUAAUUGAAGAGUUAAUGUAUAAUUAUAUUAUGAUAUUCCAAUACGCGGGAAAUCACUAUAAAACUACGUAAUAAUAAUACGUAGACACCCUCUGAACGUAAAUGUAACUCUUCGUGUGAAAUAUUUACUUAUAAAACUGCUGUUGAUAGUUGAAGAAAUUAAAAAAUUUAUCACGUAUUCGAUAGUGAUUCCGUUGCGCCACAAGGUAACAAGCAAUAUACCGAUCGAAGAAACUUUCUUCUUUCUAUGAUAGAUUAAGUCAAAGUUUCCUAUAUUGCAACCAUUUUCUAUUAUCCACCGUGAAACCGUGCACGAUAGAAUCAGUUUGAUUAAAAGAAAAAGAAAGUUUAAAAAUCGCAUUUGCGAUCACAGAUGUUCACGUUAUUGUGAAUUGAAACUGAAAACCAGAGUUUGCCUGUACUUGAACUUGUCCAUUUCUACUUUACGAGGGAGAAAUAUAACUUGUCUUAGCCGAUAAAACACGUAAUUAUAUGCACGGUCGAUAAUACAGACAGACGAGUCUGUAUUAUCUCAAGAGAUAAGUUAAAAUAUUAUACUAUCGACGCGAGAACUUUUUUAAUACACGUUUUUAAUACAUCUUUAUGCAUCUUAACGACUGUUACAACUUUCUAUCGAAUAAGUGUAAUAACGAAAUAACGUUUUUCCUUCUUCAGCACAAAUCUGAGCUUCCUUUUCGGGAAGAUUUACGAUUUAUUGUAUACAGGGUUGGGCGCAACGGAAUAAUUGAGAUUAAAAAACAAUAUUUUCCAAUCUAUGGAUCACGAUCCCUAAACAGAUUGAAGAAUAAUUUUUACUUGUACAACAAAUUUUAUUAUGAAAAUUUUCAAUGCUAUUAUUUAUUUCGAUGUAUCUGUAUGAAAAGAUUCAUCGAGAUCACGUACAAGUAUUAAAUAUUGCAUAUGGCACGGAUUAAUAUUUCAUUGAUAUUCUCACUUAUUCGUAUAUUCGUCGUUGAAAAAAAAGUGUUGUAAUUAUUUUAUUCUAAAAUAGAUGCAUUUUAUUUUAUAAUUAUAAGAAAGAAAAGGGAUUGUGAUUUUAAAAACAUUGGAAAAUACUGAUCUAAAGGACUGUUCAUUAUUUUAUUGAAAUUGCAAGAAAGAUAUGGUGGUCGCAAGAUGACCCAACCUUAGUGUUUAGAGUUUAUCUUUAAAGAAUAUUAUUGACUUGAUCGAAUAUCUUUCGAGUAUUUUUGAUUCGACUGGUUGAACGAAGACAAAACCAAAGUUCUGAUAUAUACAUAUACAUAUAAAUAUACUAUAUAAAUAUAUACAUGUACGUAUUCGUUAUUGAAUUUAGAGAAUACACAUAUGUUUAUAUGUAUUGUGGACGCGUGUACAGGAUGACGAAAUAAAAUAUUCGAUAAAACUAAAAUUGAAUAAUAAACGUGUAAAGUUGAUGCAGGAUAAAUAACUCUAUUUGCAAUAAACAGAUUUGUUUAAGAAAAAAUAAGUAAACAUUAAUACGUACGAUAUAGUAUAAUUAUAUGGAUUUAUUUGUCACGUUCAGAAUUUAUUAAGGAAAAGAUAAACAAUUGUGUAUAAAGAAAAAGAAAUUAAAAUAGUGAUUUAUGCAAUUUAACAAUUAACUUGAACAAAUAUUUAAGCUUCAUAAAUUUUAUGGAAAUAUUAAUGUAUGUAUUUAUAUUAUCAGUGGUUUUUUUUUUUUUUUCAAUAAUCUAAAUGUAAUCCGACAAUAUGAUAUUCGACUCAUCCUGCGCACGUGUACAUGUAAUAUAUGUAUACAUAUACAGGAUAUUCGGCUACAGGUAUCCAAAAAUUGAAAAAAUCAUUCUACAAGUCAAAACAAUAACAAAGUCGCAAACAAGACAUUAAUUUUUCGUGUGGAAAACGUCAAAAGAAAUUAAAAAUUUUAUUAUCAAAAUCUAUUGGGAAAAGAAAGAAAACCUCGCCAUUAAAGCUACUUUUUGUUUCAUCGUUUCAUCUAUGAUACUCGAGAUGGUAGAAAUUACGAUUGAUCUAGUGACAUCUAUAUUUUUUUCUAUGUAUAAAUGCGUAUGUCUAGAAAUUGUAUCUACUAUUUGUCUCGUACUUGUUCAGUGAAGAGAUGCGAGCGAGAGUUCGCGAAUAAGUGAAAAAGACGAUUAAAAAUUACUUUUUCUUUACACGAUGAUAUCUCGAAUACCGCAAGCCAUAUCGGUAUAAAUAAAAAUGCUUUUUAAAGAAUAAGAUUCCACGCUUCUAAUGGUCUUUUAUUUAUUCAUCGGAAAUCAUUAUUUUCGAAGUUACAGCGAUUUAAAAUUCUCCUAGUUUUAAUAGAAUUUAACAGAGUUUCUAAUCAUAUUGGGAUAUCUGUGUGAGGAGAAUCAAGCGAGAGUUUCGAAUAAGGAUAGAGAUAGUAAAAUGAUCAAAAAAUACGCUUUCCUUUACAGGAUGAUAUCUCGGCAACCAAAAACUAUAUCGGGAUAAAUGAAAUUGCGUUUUAAAGGCCAAGAUUCUAUGCUUUUAACGAUCUUUAAUUGACGAAAUUCAUCAUCUUCAGAAUUAUAAUGUUUUAAAGUUUUCUUAGUUUUAAUAAGAAAUUUGUUGCUUCAAUUAUCGUAUAUUCUUUCGUGUAAGAAUAUUUUCAUCGAUUUUUAAUUAUCAAUAAUUACAAAACAAAGUAGAAAAUAUAAUUUUUUUUUUUAUUUUUAAUCUUCUCGAUCUUUAUUUUAACUUGAAGAAUCAUUCUUCCAAUUUUUAAACACCUUUAGCUGAAUAUCCAGUAUAUAAAAAUCUAUAUAUAUAUAUAUACAAAUAUAAAUAUAUACACAAAGGAAAUUAUUAAAAUGUUUUAGAGACUUGUGCGAUAUAUCUGAAGCUGUGUUUCUUCCUGUACAUGGAGAAAAUCUACACGGAAGGACUCGAUUCGAAUAUUCAUGUCUUUUUGACAAAUUCUUCUUUUGAUAUGAUUUCGAUUGGUCCGUGUUCGUUUCGUCGCGACUCAUCUCGCUCGAGAUUUGUCGCCACGAGACGAAUCAUCUGACACACUUUUUAUAAAAUCCUACUAUCGACGAUGAUGACGAAGACGACAAAUAACGAGAGAAAGAGAAAGAGAGAAUAUCGAUUAUACUUGGAUUAUAUUUAGUAGAUUAAGUUUAAGACGUUUAUGUACUUAAUUUGAUGCUAUCUUGAUAAGUCAUUGAUGAUGAGUCUUUCUUGUGUUUGAAGCAAUUAUUGAACAGAGUGCAUCGAGGAUCAUUGUACUUUGAAUCCGUAUGCAAAAUGCACGACGAAAGUGUGAAUCAAUUUAAAAAUGGAUAUUCAAGUAUUUCUUUUUGAAUAUUGUAUCAUCAUUUAAAAUUUUAUGCAAGAAAUAUAUACGACAAAUGUAUACUGUAAAGAGUUUGAUCUAUAGUACAACAGAUUUAGGAUAUAUUGCAUAUAUUAUAUAUAUUCAAAUUUCAGGAUUUUUAACAGAGUAAUAAUAAGAUAAUAGGUAUUUUAUUUUACUUCAGGUUGAUAAUUUUAUAUUUUAUCGUUUUUUGUUCAAUAAAGCUAAGAACUAAUGUAUUGUUUAUCAUUGUAUUUUAAUAUGUUUUUGCCAUUUACAUUUUGUCUACAUUUUGUCAACCAUACGUAUUUCUUGAUAUGAAUGAUAGUACAUUGGAUGAUAUAUAACAAUGGUAUAAUAUGCAAAUAAGGAACAAAUGGAUAUCCAUUGUAGAAAUAAUGCACAUCAAUUGUAUAUCAUUACGAUUUAACAAAUUUAUAUUUCGAAUGACGUAUACGAUGAAUAAUUCUAUUUAACAGAGAAGAAAAAGUCGAUCACUGUUCUAUCUUCUGAGCUUCUUAUGGUUUCGAUAAUUGGCCAAAAAUUAGAAGUCUGUUCGAUUCGUUUCUGAAAGAUUAAAAGCGAAGAUUAUCCUCGAUCGAUCAAGAAAUGAUUUUUCGUAUCAUCUGUCAAUACAUGCUUCUUCCGUAAUUCCUACUUUAUCAUCAGAAGGAUUCAAACCGAUGUAUCAUCGGUAAAACGUGGUAAUUGAACUUUAUCGAUUCCCUGAUUUUUCGCUUAAAGUUUUUUUGAUUGAGUGUAUUCUUCGUUGAGAAUUGGUCAAAUUUAAUAAUCCAUUUGUAUUCUCAGCUAUCUUAAAUCUAAAUAUUGUUAUCUGUUGUAUAAAUUAUUAUAUUGGAAUAUUAUCACGAUCAGAUAACACGUUUAAACGAGCGAUUACCAUCUAUCGUGAUGUAUAGAAAGACAAAAAGAGAACGAAUAUUUUUUUGUGAAAAAGAUCGUGUCCAGAAUAAGUCGACAUUGUUAUAUCACAAUUGAAGCUACUCGCGACACAAUGGAGAGAAAGGUGCGAUACUUCCUCGUAGGCAACAUAUGUAAGCAUAGUUAUUUUUCAAUGUAAAAGCGACUGUGUAGCUCUACUUUAGGCAAAUGUAUAUUUUAGGUACGAGAAGAAAAAGAAGAAAAAGAGAGAGAAGAAAGAGAAGAGAUAAAAAGAAAAUAAAA